UCAGCUGCCAUGGCUCCCAACGACUUCCCCACCGACUCAGAGCUCCUCGUAAUACUCACUACAGUUGGAGGGAUCAUCUCACUUCAAGUCCUGGUCGUCAUAACCUGUCUCAUUUACCGCAACUACAAAGACAAAGCCAAGUGGCGUCGCUUGAGGCAACAAGGCAUUGUCGUCGUCAACGGCCCCGCACUGUAUUGGACGGACGACCAACCGUUACCGCCAGUUCCCAUCGAUACCAAUAUGGUACAGGCGCAGCAAGCAUCUCGAGAAUCACGCCACGUUCACAACACCUGA